GAAAUGCAUCUGUGUUGUGCAUCAAGCCCGCGGUUUCCAAAAUAACACUGAAGGAAUACGGACCAGUAACAGGCCUAAUAAUGUCAGUCACCAUAACGAGACCUGCUGUUUGACUAAGAGAAACCUGCCUGGGUGGUCAUGAGGCUGCGCUAACAUUCCGAUAACUUCGUCUAAGAAUGCUGCUUUUCAGGUGAAGCGAGUAACCAAAGCGGACGCAGACCCCAGCGAGUCUGUUUGCAGUAGCGCUAGCAUCGGAGUUAGCAGGCAGAAAUCUCAGCGGAGGCUCCGUUACCUAGUCAACCGAACUCCAACUGAAACUGCCUCCUAACAACCAGGAAAUACACGCCACCGCUGUCGGGGUUGAGGUGGGUGCUCUGAUGUCCCUAAAAACCUUUUCACUUUGUUGACUUCUGUCUUAGACGAUGAAACGCAACGUCGACUGAUGUUAGUUCUGUUGGAUCAUACGUAAGCUUGGGAGAUAAAGGACAAACCAUUCGUGUGCUACCCGGCCUAUCCUGUGCUCAGCUGGAGGAUGAUUUUGACCUGAAUAAGUCCUUCCCAGGUACUCGGACACCGAGCGACAACGGGAGUGUUUUUGCUUUGCAACGCCGUGAUUUCAUUACAAGUAAUAUCAUAAAUAUUACAGGUGAGCCUUUGGAUGUCUUCACCACAAUGGCAGCAAAAAAAUAUAGUUUAUUUCAUGGCUCCCACGUUUCUGCGGACCCCUUGCCAAAUUCUUCCAUUGAAUCUGAGGAAAGCUUCACCAAUCUGUUUAUUUCUGGAGAUUUUACUGUUUCGGGACGUCCAUCUGCCAUCAACCCUAGCAAAGUUGUUUUUAUUGUCUCCCAUAAAACAACAGAGAUUUUAUCAGCAAAUGAGCAGGCAAGCAAACUGUUUGAGUGCUCCACUAAGGAACUGGUCGGCAAGAAGUUGUCUUGUGUAUUAAGGAAAACUACUCAGGUCCUGGAAGAAGCAUUGGAAGAAGAUUGCCAGCUUGCAGAUGGAACUGUUGCUAUUGUGUCUGGAAAACUGGUGGAUGCUGUGACAUUAUCCGGAGAGGUACCAGUAUCAGUGUUUACCUACAGGCAGGCAGAGAAGGAAGACCAGUGGCUUGUCACGAUGGAAUGUGUGGAAAGGAUUUCAUCCUUUGUGUCCUUUUCCCAGGAUGGCUCUGUCCUAAGCUGUGACUCAGCUUUUGCUCAUCUUCAUGGAUAUCACCAUCCUGAGGACUUGAAAGGAGUGUCUAUAAAGGAGCUUAUCCCAUCUUUACAAAUUCCCCUCUACAGUCAUGCUUUGCCGAAAAUGCUGAGGGUUCAGAAGGUGUGCGGGAAAAGCAAAGGAGGUGCAUCCGUCCCACUCUGUGUGAAACUUCAGGGGGCAGCGCUGUGUGGAAAACCCCAACACCGCAACGACGACGGCUGCAUUUCGACAGCCGGCUCCCAACUCGUAUCUCCUCAGAGCAAGAUGAGAUUUUCAGAUCAAGCGAACUUCGAAGACGCUCUCUCUACAGAGCCAUUAUCUGGCAAAAUGGACCGCACCGUCUCCUCUCCCUCAGUAACACCAGAAUACUCUGGAACAGUCUGGGCGUUUGCUCCUUUGAGCGGCCUUCUCCUCCUUUGGCCGGAUGGUUCAAUCUUCAGCAUUCACAAUCAUCUUGCCCUCAGCUUAUUUGGAUACAGCAAGGACGAGCUUCUGGGAAAGAGUGCCGCUUUUCUGAUGCCUGGUUUCUAUGAAUGGAUGUCUGGGUCGGACAGAAAGCCUGCCCCUGUUUCUGAUUCUCAUGUCGAAAUGGACAAAAGUCCAGCCAUGUCCAAAAUAUCAGUAAAUUAUGAUCCUUCAUCUCUGGUGGCUGGAGACAUGGGUAUGGUGCAGCAGGCUAUCCUGAAAAGAAGUUCCACAGGAAGAGGCCGGAUCUUCACUGGAACCAGCUCCAGGCUGGAGAAUCAGGCCAGCGCUCUGUCUACAUUCUCUCUUCCUGCAGUCACCUCCACACAUUUGGUUAUGGCCAAUGAUACCACAGAGCUGGUUGAGCAGGCAGCCCGGGCGGCUCCCUGCGGUUGCCCGCUGGAUGGUGCAGAUGCCACCAAGGCUCUCCUCAAGACAUUCGCCUGGGUGGAAAUUGCAGAUGAAGACCCCUGCUGCUUGGCCUCCACUGAACCAUCCGUCCAGAACAGAGAUGAGCAGCUGAUCAAUGUGAUUCGUGAAAAUAUCACACCUGCUAUCAAGAUAACAGCAGACACUCCUAGUCAGGGUAGAAGAGCAGGUGGCUGCUGUGACGAGGUGAGAAAGGAUCAUCACUCAUGUGCCUCUGUCCUCCAAGAGUCAAGCUUCGAGAUCAUCUCGUUGGAGAGCAGAUCGUCCUCUGGUUUCUGUGAGAAUGUUGCUGGCCAGGGUGGUCCUGAUGCAGCCCAGGUAGAUGAGUCAAACUCAGCACAUCUAGUGGACUCAGCCAGCUACUUUGUGGACAUCGACAGUAAUGGAGAUGCUGUGACCUGUGCUCUAGCAGAGCUGAAUCUGAGCGACAGCGUGGAGCUUCUCAGCAUCCGAGGGUAUGCCAGUGAUCGCCUACGCUCCGUAAUACCCUGUGAUACAGCCGAACUUCUACGGGCACCCUCCCUGGGGGUGCCUGAAUCGGAGCAGAAAGCGGAGACUGAUGAUGCUUCAUUGGAGGCCAAGGUUAGUUUGAGUGAAGAGCAGGAUCAGUGGGGAGCACUCUCUUUGAUUCGUAAAGGAAAGAGCCGAGAUUGCGUGGUACAAGCAAAUAGUGGGAUUCAGUCUGUUGCAGACGUGCCCGCCACAUCAACACCUAAAAAACAGAAGGUGAAUGGACAUGUCCUGACCUCAAACACCACGCAGAUACUAGAAGGGCAAUUUGUUGGAAGUGGAUACCACAGAGAUGGCACAAGAGUAGAUCUGCAGUGUGAUGUUAGCAGGACUAACCUCUCUGAUGGAAACUUCAUGUUCUGCGUGUGGAUAAAAAGAUCGAACCAGCAGGGGGCGUUGUUGCGAACAGACCCUUCAAUUCACAACCAGUCAGGACCUAGUCCAGGAAAGACAGGCGAGUCCAGUCAAGGAGAAGCGCUGCGCUCCACUCUGGAUCUCGAACAUUCGCGAGCUUGUGACGGGCAGUUUGAAGAAGAAUACCAGCCAAUCAAAGCUGUAGGGAAAGGAGCGUUUGGUUUUGUCUGGAAGGCCUCAAGACGCUGCGACGAACAAGAAGUAAUAGUGAAGUUUAUUAGCAAAGCAAGAAUAAUGAGUGACUGCUGGGUAGAUGACCCCAUGUUGGGAAGAGUGAGCCAGGAGAUUGCAAUAUUGACCCGAGUCCAACACCAUAACAUUGUUAAGGUGGCAGAGGUGUUUGAGAAUGGGAAUUAUUUCCAGAUGGUAAUGGAGAAACAUGGAGACGGUUUGGAUCUUUUUGAAUUCAUAGACAUGCAGCCAAGGCUGGAUGAGCCCCUGGCCAGCUACAUCUUUAGACAGAUUGUGGCAGCUGUGUUCUACCUGAGGACCAAGAACAUUAUUCACAGGGACAUAAAAGACGAGAACAUCAUAAUUGACAAGUGCUUUCACAUCCGAUUGAUAGACUUUGGCUCCGCUGCCGUACUGACUCCUGGGAAGCUGUUCCACAAUUUCUGUGGCACGCUGGAGUACUGUUCCCCUGAGGUGCUUCAGGGAAAUCCAUAUGAGGGUCCAGAGCUGGAGAUGUGGUCUUUGGGGGUUUUGCUCUACACUCUGCUGUUCAGUGAGAACCCGUUCUGUGAUGUGGGUGAAAUCCUUGAUGCUAGAUUAAUGACCUCGUUUCCCCUGUCCCCAGAGCUGCAGGUUGUUUUGCGAGGCCUGCUGCAUGCUAACCCUAGAAAGAGGAUGACUUUAGACCAGCUUCUGUUGCAGCCCUGGAUCAGCCAGCCCAUUUCCCUAGCAGAAUACAGCUGGACUGAGGUGGUUCCUGGAUCUCUGAGCUUCUGUUCACCACAGAAUCAGGAACCUAGUCCAACUGCAUAUGCCACACCGAGUUUGUUCCCAGAUUAUGGUGAUGAGACUCUGUCAGAGGAAGAUGAAGAUGAUGAGUCAAUGGUGGCCCUGGAAACUGAGCUCCAAAAAUACCUCUUUGGGGAUUGAAGCCUAACAGUCUCUCUGACAUUUGGGAACAUGAAGAGCCAAGUUACAUAACAAGAAAAGAAACUUUCUAAAGGAAAAUUUGAUUUGUAGAAUAGAACAAGUUUUUAUUUAUUUAGUUUUGUUUUUUAAUAAACUACUUUUUUUUUUUUUUUUUUUUUUUUUAUGAGCUUGUAAGUUUUCCUCUAGGCAUAUUUCAUGAUCCAGGAUGGUAAACAAGAAGAUAAAGGCAGAAGAAAUCCUUUGAUUUAUCAUUUGAUUUCAUAGUCAAAUUCUUUUAUAGUUUCUUUUUUUUUUUUUUUGCUCUUUGCGAUUAAAACACCUGUAGCAUUGUACUGAUAGAUUCCCAGUUUUCUAUUAUUUUUUUUUUUAAAUAAUUUAUUUUCUUGCAGCUUUUUAAAUCAGAAUUUUUAUCUUGAUGUUUAGAUAUUUUAAUGACAUGUAAAAACAUAUAAAACGCUUUUUAUAUUUUUAUGCAUCAAUAAAUGUCUUCCAACAAACAUGUUCCUUCUGAACAUUAACUGAGAAACUGCUACAUAAGUGGAGCUAAAGAGUCCUAUUGACUAUAAUUCUUAAGAAAUCUUGUAUGUUUAUUUGAAUUUGUAGUAAUUAAUAGUGCUUAAACAAUAUUCUAAAUGUAACUGAAUACGGUGGUUGUGAAUUAAUCAGAAAGGUUUUGUAUUUUCACCCUCCAUACAUUUCAUUUGUUUAUUUUGGCUUUUUAAUAUUGUGAACAGCCAUACAGUUUGUAAAACGUGAGUGGAGCUUGGAGCAAGAAUUAAAGUGGGAUGUUACUGAUAUCUAUUUGA